UCCCUCCGACAGUGGCAUUGGCCCGCGAGGGUUUGAAGUUUUGGCGCUGAAAAAAAAUGGCGGAAGAGUACGAAGAGGAGGGCGGUGAGAUUGAACAAGAGUUCUCCGUUUGGAAGAAGAACACUCCUCUCUUGUACGAUUUCUUCAUUUCUCACCCUCUUCAAUGGCCUUCUCUCACCGUUCACUGGCUUCCUUCCUCUCCCCAUCCCCACUCCCACCCUUCCUUCAAUCUCCACAAACUUCUUCUCGCCACUCACACUUCCGACGGCGAAUCCAACUUCCUCAUGCUCGCCGACGCAUACCUCCCCACCGACACCUCACAACCCAUCGUCGCCUCCGAUCCAAACUACCCCGUUCUUCCCAAGGUGGAGAUUUCCCAAAGGAUUCCUGUUGAUGGGGAGGUGAAUCGAGCUCGAUGCAUGCUGCAGAACCCUAGUAUUGUUGCUGCUAAGACUUGUAAUUCUGAGGUUUAUGUGUUUGAUUUCACCAAGGAACAUGGGAGUGAGUGUAACCCUGAUUUGAGGUUAAGGGGUCAUGAUAAAGAGGGUUACGGUUUGUCUUGGAGCCCUUUUAAGAACGGGUAUCUUUUGAGUGGUUCGCAUGACCAUAAGGUUUGCUUGUGGGAUGUGCCUGCUGCUGCCUCUCAAGAUAAGGUGCUUGAUGCAUUUCAUGUUUAUGAGGGUCAUGAGAAUGUGGUUGAAGAUGUGUCCUGGAAUUUGAAGGAUGAGAAUAUGUUUGGGUCCGGUGGAGAUGACUGCAAAUUGAUCAUUUGGGACUUGCGGACGAACAAACCCCAACAAUCAAUCAAACCACAUGAAAAGGAGGUGAACUUUCUUUCUUUCAAUCCAUAUAAUGAAUGGAUUUUGGCUACAGCAUCUUCAGAUACAAUUGUUGGCCUCUUUGAUACACGGAAGCUGGCAGUGCCGCUACAUGUUUUAACUAGCCACACAGAUGAAGUUUUCCAGGUAGAGUGGGAUCCUAAUCAUGAGAAUGUGUUGGCAUCUUCUGGUGCUGACAGACGGCUGAUGGUUUGGGACCUUAACAGAGUUGGUGAUGAGCAGAUAGAAGGAGAUGGUGAAGGUGGCCCCCCUGAACUACUCUUCUCUCAUGGGGGUCACAAAGGGAAAAUAUCAGAUUUUUCAUGGAACAGAAAUCAGCCAUGGGUUAUCACAAGCGUAGCUGAGGACAAUUCUUUCCAUGUCUGGCAAAUGGCAGAGAGCAUUUACAAUGAUGGAGAUGAUGACAACAUGUGGACGGCCAAUGAUUAAUUAAACAAACACAUGAUCAAAGGCGAUGGUGCUCUUACUACCAUUGCUUUGUUGUUUUAAUUUUAUUGUAAUCUUUGACCAUUUGAUUUAUAACUACAAUCGCCUUUUGGUUUCAUGUGAAUGUCUUGUGAUCAUUAGCGGCUGGAACAGUGAUGGCAACAUAGUAUCGUUGUCAAACAUGAACUCUCUUUUAUAUGCAGAAAUUGAUCUCUGAAGCGCAUAUAAAAAUACUACGAUGAUAAUCCAACUA